AUGGUUGCUAUGCAUACGAUCUUCGGUAAACAGCAGCCCGCCCACGUAGACUGGGGCGUGGUACCUGCAUAUCACCCUGCUCUGUCGUAUUGUGCUGAUGCUGUGCUGUCGUACCUUGCUGGUGCGGACGAAGUUGCUGCAGAACCAGUGAUCCUGGUCGUCGUUGAGAGAAAUUUCUCGAUGGCGGCGCCCCUCUAAGUCCGACGCGGUCGUCCGGUCCGGCCACCCCCUGGGGUUCGAAGGCGGCUUUCCCUCAUCGUUCCUCCUCUCCCUCCUACUGCUCAUCCUCCUGCUGCUGCUGCUGCUGCUGCUGCACCCGCCGCCCCUCGCAAGCCCGCCCCCCCGGCUAUUUGUAUGUGAGUUCCGUUCGUGGGUCGUGUUGACCUCAACCUGUCUCACACAGCAGUGACUCUCUUCACCCGCUCUUUCCCGAGAGAGACAACCCGCGGCGGCAGAGCGGACGAGAAUAUGCGCCAACGGAAACGGGUCCGCCGCGUUGGAGUGCCCACGCAAUGCCCGAAGGAGGAGCCAGCUCUAGAAGGUAAAACACCUCGGGUCCUUUGACGGCACCGCACACUCAGCAGACACAACACACACACACCAAAAAACGGAACCUGCAGCAGCAGCAGCGCCGAGAAGCAGGGACAGCGCUGCAGCCAAGUUCUUGAAGACACACGCCAACGAGGGAGCAGCCUCUCUGGUUGUACUUGCAGCGGCCCCCCACUUCCGCAUGUAUACGACCAGCGCUCACAUCUACCAGCGGAUCAAGUAUGUAGUCUCCACCCCCGCUGUCCUCUUGUCUGCUGCUCUGGGUUUGUG